AUGGUCUCAUUAUUCCACAACAUGAUGCACAAGGAAGUCGAAGUCUAUGUCGAUGACAUGAUCGCCAAGUGCAAAGAAGGAGAAGACCACCUUGUCAACCUGAAGCGCCUUUUCAAUCGCUUAAAAGAAUACAAGCUCCGGCUCAACCCGGCAAAAUGCACAUUCGGUGCCCGAUCAGGAAAGCUAUUAGGAUUCGUGGUCAGCAAGCGCGGUAUCGAGGUGGAUUCGGACAAAGUCAAGGCAAUCAAAGAGCUUCCCCCGCCGUCAACGAUUCGAGAGGUGCGCGGCUUCUUGGGACGGUUGAACUACAUCGCGCGCUUCAUCGCAAACCUGACAGAUAAGUGUCAGCCGCUCUUUCGCUUGCUCCGCAAAAAUGCAGCGAUUGAAUGGGACCAUGAAUGUCAGAAUGCCUUCGACACCAUCAAGGCUUACUUAAUUCAACCGCCGGUACUAGUCCCACCUAUGCCGAAUCAUCCCCUCAUUUUAUACCUGACAGUACGCCGGCAAUCCAUAGGGUGCAUGUUAGGGCAAGAAGAUGAGUCGACACACACGGAGAGGGCGUUAUAUUACUUAAGCAAGAAAUUUACUGAAGGGGAAUCCAAUUAUCCGGAGAUUGAGAAAAUGUGUUGUGCGUUAGUAUGGGUCAUGCAAAGGCUCCGACAGUACAGGCUAUAUCACACAAUCCGCUUGUUGUCAAAAGCGGACCCCCUGCGAUAUUUACUCGAUAGCCCGUCCUCCAUGAGGAACAUCGCAAAAUGGCGCUGUCAACUGAUGGAAUACGACAUAGAGUACGUGUCCCGCACGUCUGUCAAAGGGCAAGCAAUCGCCGACCACCUAGCGGAAUUCCCGAUCAACGACGACACGCCGAUAAACGCGGACUUCCCAGAUGAAGGAAUCCUCCAAGUAGAUGAAGAGAAGGAUGAGCCAACAUGGAAGAUGUACUUCGAUGGGGCGGUCAAUUCUGUGGGAUCCGGAGUUGGGGCAGUGCUAAUAUCCCCAGACGGACGUCAUUAUCUGGUCGCUGCAAAAGUGGAUUUCUCUUGUACCAAUAACGUGGCCGAGUACGAGGCAUGCACUCUCGGCUUGCAAGCGGCAAUCGACUUCAAGGUGAAGGAGUUAGAAACAAAGGACGCAAAGUUAGUCCCGUACCAUGAAUACCUCGAGGAAUUGGCGAAAAUUUUUGAGAAGAUCUCGUUCACCUACACUCCACGCGCAAAGAAUCAGUUCGUGGACGUGCUCGCAACACUCGCGUCUAUAGCAAGCAUCAUAAAGGGGAACGUCAUUGAACCCCUCAAGAUCGAAGUUGCCAAAGGCUCGGCCUACUGCGACGCGAUCGAAGCAACCGAUGCUAAACCAUGGUAUGAGGACAUCAAGAAUUUCCUACAAACGGGUCAAUUUCCUCCUUUCGCCGAUUGCCCCGACCGAAAGACACUCAGACGACUCGCGGUGCACUACUUCCUAAGCGGCGAGACACUCUACCGACGAUCCUUCGACGCCACAUUGCUCAGGUGCAUUGACGUACAUGAAUCGCGGCGCCUCAUGGAGGAGGUGCACGAAGGGAAUUGCGAGCCCCAUAUGAAUGGGCUCAUGCUUGCCAAGAAGCUCAUGCGCUUAGGUUACUAUUGGUCCACCAUGGAAACCGACUGCGUAAAGCACGUCAGACACUAUCACCGGUGCCAAGUCUACGCUGAUCAAAUCAAAGCUCCCCCUAAUGAACUACGUCUUAUGACAGCCCCAUGGCCUUUUUCAAUGUGGGGAAUGGACGUAAUUGACCCGAUCAAUCCUAAGGCAUCCAAUGGACACCUCUUCAUCUUGGUGGCGAUCGAUUACUUUACCAAAUGGAUCGAAGCUAUAACACUCGCAUCUGUCACUGCGAAAGCCGUGGCCUGUUUCCUCAAGCGCGACGUCUUUGCCCGUUACGGGGUUCCUGCGACGAUCAUCACGGAUAACGCCAAAAACCUGAACAAUAAGGUUAUCGACGAGCUCUUCCUCCCGAUCAAAGUGGAAAUUCCUUCCAUGAGGAUCCUUGCCGAGGCCGAACUUGAGGAAGCGGAAUGGGCAAGACAACGCUACGAGCAAUUAAACCUCAUUGACGAGAAGAGAUUGAAAGCACUAUGCCAUGGACAGUGCUACCAACAGAGGAUGGCUCGAGCAUUCAACGCAAAGGUCCGUCGCCGAGAGUUCAGUCCCGAUGACCUCGUCUUGAGGAAGGUCUUACACGUCGCGCCUGAUUCUCGAGGGAAGUUCUCGUACAAAUACGACGGUCCCUUCGUCGAUAAAGAGACUUUCUUCAGGGGAACAAUCAUUUUGAGCGACAUGGACAGCGCCGAAAACGCGCUUUCGGUCAACGCUGACGCCAUCAAGAAAUAUUAUCCCUGA